AUGGGCAGUCUUCUGGAAGUCUACGAAAAAUGUGUGGAUACAGUCGUCACCAAUGCUUUGAUCAUUGAUUGGACGGGUAUUUACAAAGCAGAUAUCGGUAUCAAGGAUGGAAUGAUUGUUGGAAUUGGCAAAGCCGGCAACCCUGAUGUCAUGGAUGGUGUUCAUCCGGAUCUUGUUGUGGGAUCGUCAACGGAUGUUAUUGCUGCUGAGGGCAAGAUUGUGACUGCUGGCGGAUUCGAUACGCAUAUUCACUUUAUUUGUCCUCAGCAGAUUAAUGAAGCUAUCUCUGCGGGUAUCACGACCAUGUUGGGAGGCGGGACAGGACCUAGUACGGGAAGCAAUGCCACCACUUGCACCCCAGGCUCAACACACAUGCGCCAAAUGAUCCAAGCUUGCGACACUCUACCGGUGAAUUUUGGAAUUACUGGCAAAGGCAAUGAUAGUGGCAAGGAAAGUAUACGUGAACAAGCUAUUGCCGGAGCAGCAGGAAUGAAACUACACGAAGACUGGGGCAGUACACCAGCUGCAAUCGACACUUGUCUUGAAGUGUGCGACGAGUUUGAUAUUCAGUGUAUGAUUCAUACCGAUACCUUGAACGAGUCUGGUUUCGUUGAACAGACGAUCCAAUCAUUCAAGAACCGCACUAUCCACACAUACCAUACCGAAGGUGCUGGCGGUGGACAUGCUCCUGACAUCAUUUCAGUGGUUGAGCAUCCCAACGUGCUACCAAGUAGCACCAAUCCUACGCGGCCAUUCACUCUCAACACUCUAGAUGAGCAUCUGGAUAUGCUCAUGGUCUGCCACCAUCUCUCCAAAAACAUCCCCGAAGACGUAGCCUUCGCUGAAAGCCGAAUCCGUGGCGAGACCAUUGCAGCAGAAGACGUACUCCAUGACCUAGGCGCUAUCAGCAUGAUGUCUUCUGAUUCGCAAGCAAUGGGUCGCUGCGGCGAAGUUAUCCUACGUACCUGGAACACAGCGCACAAGAAUAAGGAACAACGCGGCGUGUUACCAGAAGAUGAAGGCACGGGAGCCGACAAUUUCCGUGUGAAGCGAUACAUCAGUAAAUAUACCAUCAACCCGGCCAUUGCGCAGGGAAUGGGCCAUUUGAUUGGAAGUGUCGAAGUUGGUAAAUUGGCUGAUUUGGUGUUGUGGACGACAGAAAAUUUUGGCACGAAGCCUAAAUUGGUUGUUAAAGGGGGCAUGAUAGCUGUUGCUCAGAUGGGGGAUCCGAAUGCAUCUAUCCCUACCGUUGAACCGGUUAUCAUGAGACCACAAUUCGGGACAUUCGUCCCCUCAACAUCAAUCAUGUUCGUAUCCCAAGCAUCCAUAUCCCAAGGCGUGGUACAAACAUACGGUCUCCGCAAACGCAUCGAACCAGUCCGGAAUUGCCGUAAUGUCGGAAAGAAAGAUAUGAAAUUCAACGAUGUGAUGCCGAAGAUGAGAGUCGAUCCGGAACGAUAUACUGUUGAAGCAGAUGGACAGCUUUGUACGGCUGAACCGGCGACGUCGUUGCCUUUGACGCAGCAAUAUUUUGUGUAUUAAUUAUCUUGGAGGGAUAUGUGCGUUCGAGUUGCUGGACUGGUAUUCUCUUAUCUUGUUUUAUUUACGAUGUUACCCAGAUCUGAUGCAAUGGAAGUAUGUUUCUC